CCCUCCGUUAUCACAACAGAUCAUACUUGGCCGGAGAGAAGAGUGACUUCUUUACUUCGGAGCAGUUGCCUCUGUUUAGUUCCCCUCAAGUCUUGUUCAAAGUUCGUUUUUCUCGCCGGAGUUGUUCAGGGUUACUUCCACGAUGGUGAAGGUGUCUUUCAGCUCCGCUUUGGCUCAGAAAGAUGUGAAAAAGGACGCCGAAACUCUGAUCCCCGAGGAGGACAAAGAUGUGGAGGCAGUGCCGCCGCCGCUGCGUCACCAGUCCCGGGCCUGGUGCUGGUUGAUGUGCCUGGGUCUGGCGCUCAUGCUGUCCGGAGUGGUGGUCGGAGGUGCCUACCUGUACCACCACUACUACAACCCGGAGGUGAGCUACCAGCACCAUGGAGGGUGGGAAGACGAGGACGACCGCGUGUUUGUGUGCGGCGUGGACUACCGCGAGGAAGACUUCAUGAUCCCGGACGAAGAGCAGGUGGAGCUGCCGAACCAGUUCCCCCUGCGGCAGAUGGAGGAGAGGAUCCGGGUGCUGGAGAGGGAGCAGGUGGAGCUCAUCAGCGUCCCCGUCCCAGAGUUCGGUGAGGGAGACCCGGCCGACAUCGUCCACGACUUCCAGAGGAGGUUGACCGCCUACCUUGAUCUGAGUCUGAACAAGUGCUAUGUCAUCCCGCUCAACACCUCCAUCGUCAUGCCGCCCAGAGACUUUAUGGAGCUGCUCAUCAACGUGAAGGCCGGCACCUACCUGCCUCAGUCUUACCUGCUCCACGAGGAGAUGAUUGUGACGGAGCGCCUGGAGCAAGUCGACCAGCUCGGCUUCUUCAUUAACAACCUCUGCCAAGGCAAAGACACCUUCAAGCUGCAGCGCAGAGACAGGAUUCUGGGUAUGCAGAAGCGUGAAGCUCUGAACUGCCACAAGAUCCGUCACUUCGCGAACAAGUUUGUGGUGGAAACUCUGAUCUGUGAGCAGUGAGUCGUCGUCACUGGUGUGCAGUGAGAUCUUUUUUUUUUUUUUUGUUUGUUUUAAAACCCACCUGUCUUUUCUUCUGUCCUUUACUUCAGGUAGUUUGAGUGGUUGAAGAAUGAAAUGUGACGCUGUUUGGUAAAAAAAAAACAUUCUUUGUGAUAAAAAAAAAAAAAAAAGAACAACAACAAAAAGGGCAAAGAGUUGUGUAUUUUUCCACUUUUCUGUACGGGAUCCUCUUGGAAUGUUUUCAUGGAAAAACUCAGCUAAUUAUAAAAUGAUAAAUUAUAUUCAAUAUAAAUGCAAUUAUUAGCAUGAGCACGUAUUUCAGUAGACAAGGACACAUUAAGUUUCGGGAGAAAGGGUGACUUUUAUACCAGUCCGGGGAGACUUUGUUUUUUUGUUUUUGUAAUUUGUCUGCUGUUUGUAGCUAUUAACUGGAAAUUGAUCUUAAAAUGAGAGUGUUAGUACGUGCUUCUCUUUCCUGGAUUUAAUUAUAUCUUUGCAUUGAAUCGAAACUGAAUAUAAUUCACAGCGGGGGGGGGUUCAGACACACACUUGUGUUAAAAGCUUUUUUUCUCAAGGGUUGUCUCUUUGAAUGUAGUUCUCAUGGAUAACUUCUCUUGUACUAAAUUGUGUAUAUAAUCUCUUUAAAGUUAUGAGCAGACCAACACAAUAAAUGAAUAAAACGAAUUGGAAAAACGUA